UAUGUGUGAUGCAAGAUAUUGUUGACUAGAGCUGAAUUGUCUGAGGAGAUUCAAUUUGAUUGAAUUCAAAGACAAUGGCAUUGUUACGUGUCUGUCCCUAUGUACUGAGUCAGUAAACGUUACGAUGUGGUAAUGCAUCUUAAUCACCUCCUCAUUGCUAGCCCGAGCCAGUGGUUGGGAACGGCGUGGCCGUCCCCCGGGCCCAGGGGCCGUGGGUAGUGUUGACGAAUGCCCCUCAUUAUAUCGGCUAUUGAUUCCAGAGCCUAACAACGACAGCAGAUCUAUCUGGCCGCCAGCAUGCCGGGGCGACGCUCCAUCAACAGUUCCCGGAUCCUCCUCAAGACGGCAGUGCGAUCGAUAUAGAGACAAACAUACGACUUCAUCCUACUAUAAACAGAUGCUAUUUUAUCGUAUGACAACGUAGUGAUUCGGAGGCCACUCACUCCAAAAAAUGAGCUAGAAGAGAUAAACUCCGUGAUUUGUUUCAAAUCAACCACAAUUACUGCCAAAGAGCGAGUGACAUUUAGAUACAGUAGAUAGAAUUUCCUGUCUAUGUGUACGAAUACUCUCAGGAGUUUGUGACGCACACCACGUGGGAUAUGUCAGCCUCUAACGUGUGACGCCUCUAAAACGUAUUGUCAUGUCUAGACUGACCGAUAUGGAUACCAUCAGCCCCUUUGACCACAUGUCCCCAAAGAAAAAGUCUCACGGCUCCACCAUUGACAUCCAUGUGGAAUAUGACCGGAAGGAUUCGGCCACAUCAGGAACCACAUCCGCUUCCUCUCCAAGAAUGAGCCCAUGUUCCGUGGAAUCUGGGUCACCGUACCUUCUCAGAAAAGUCAGUGGUGAUCGGCGUUCUGUCCGACCAGGUGCCCCUUCAGAGCCGAAUGAGUACAACUUUAACUACCAUAAACGGGGCCUGUUUCUGAUCAUCAAUAACAAGAACUUCCACCCCUCCACGGGACAGGUGACCCGGGAAGGUACCAACGUUGACGCAGAACGCCUGGAAGAAAGAUUCCAAGAUCUGGGGUUUGAAGUCAGACGUUACAACGACGUAGCAAGCUCCAAGAUCACUAAGAUAAUGUACGACGCCUCGGAGUACGACCACUCGGACUGUGACUGUUUCGGCUGUGCCAUCCUCAGCCACGGUAUUGAGGGCCGUAUCUACGCCACGGACGGCAUACUGCCUCUGGAGAUGCUGAUUGUCCCAUUUAAGGGUGAGCGCUGCCCAACACUGGUCGGCAAGCCAAAACUCUUUUUCCUCCAGGCGUGCCGCGGAAUAAGUAACGAAGCUUCCCUUGACCUCACAGACAGCGUGUCAGACAGAAGUGGCUACUCCGAAGAGUUCGAAUCUUGUAUGCAUCCUUUGAGGAAAAUCCCUGUGGAGGCAGAUUUCUUGUUUUCUUACUCCACAGUUCCAGGCUGCUACUCGUGGAGGAAUAACCAGGAUGGGUCAUGGUUUAUACAGGCCUUGUGUAUUGUCCUGGAAAAUUAUGGACCAAAAAUGGAACUCCUUCAUAUGCUGACCCAAGUGAACAGAAUAGUGACUUACGAAUUCGAGUCCUGUACUGACGAGGAGUUCACAGAGAACAUUAAACAGAUGCCUUGUAUUGUGUCCAUGUUGACUAGAUAUGUUUACUUCCGGCCCAAGAAACCAGACAUCCGGGAUUAAGGGACUACAGCAUUCUGUGUUAGUGUUGAAGGCAGCCUUCAUCCUCAUUAUAACCAUGUAAACAUGCUUCUGUGAGCCUUGGUACAGGGAUGUAUAUCUAAGUGUCAUAUACCAGUAUGUCAAUAUAUGUGUAAUGCCGGAACCAGUCAACUACAAAACUAAGCUAAUUUAGUGAAAAUAGCAAAUCUGAAAAUGUGAAAUUGCAUAGAAAUUAACAUUGGAAAUGGAGCAAGUCUAAAAUACAUGAAUGAGAAAGGUAAACCAAUAGGGGUUGUUUGUAAUGACCUUAGAUGUUAAUAGGACGUUAAACAAAAUAAACCAAACUGCCAAAUAUUACUAUCUUUGUAUGAGGACCUUGAAUUGUUAACAGAUAUAUUCAAAUGAAAUCGAGAUUUCUUGCCUUUUGUGAGGACAUUUUAUAAACAAAAGUAUUUUCUACCUUACGUAAGUAAUGCAGAUGUUAUAUACAUUUUCACACAACGGCAGCCCUUUGUUCGGGUUAUAGAUUUUGAUAUACACCGUACAUGGUGCAUCAUCUAAAACGUACAUACCAAUCCCUAUAACACUGGUUUAGACCACUACUCCAUCGCUUAGGCUGUAAUGCAGUACUAUCUUCCAGGUAAUCAUUGUCAAUACGUAUGCAGUCAAACACUGUUGCUCAUUCUCUAUAUAUUUUUAUUGUGGUUUUGGUUUGUAUUGUAAUGAAGAAGAGUAAUAGAGUAUUUCACAGUGUUCUUCUAGUUAUCCAUCCAAGCUGUCUUGCCCGCUGACAGAUUCUUUCCGUGUCAUGCAGGUAUUCGGUCUAGAUAUACUUUGAACAUGUCAGGACGGACCUUAAACCUGUCAGUAUAUGUUUCCCUCGGCGUAGACGGACCUUGAACUUGUCAGUAUGUCAGUUUCCAUCGGUUUAGACAAACCUUGAACUUGUCAGUAUAUAUGUUUCCAUCGGCCAAGACGGACCUUGAACUUGUCAGUAUGUCAGUUUCCAUCGGCCAAGACGGACCUUGAACCUGUCAGUAUGUCAGUUUCCAUCAGUCUAGACGGACCUUGAACCUGUCAAUAUAUGUUUCCCUCGGACUAGACGGACCUUGAACUUGUCCGUAUAUGUGUUUCACUCGGUCUAGACAAACCUUGAACCUGUCCGUAUAUGUGUUUCCCUCGGUCUAGAUAAACCUUGAACCUGUCAGUAUAUAUGUUUCCCUCGGCCAAGACGGACCUUAAAUAUGUCAGUAAAUAUAUUUCUCUAGGUCUAGACGAACCUUAAACCUGUCGGUAUGUGCGUUUCCCUCGGCGUAGACGGACCUUGAACCUGUCAGUAUAUAUGUUUCCAUCGGUCUUGACGGACCUUGAACUUGUCAGUAUGUCAUUUUCCAUCGGCCUAGACGGACUUUAUACCUGUCUUAAUAUAUGUUUCCCUCGAUCUAGACGGACUUUGAACCUGUCAGUUACCACGAAGAUGUGAGGGAUGAUCUGAGGUUGUCCGACCUAAAUAUAAAUCAAAUGACGUUGUCAUAACUAUAUGGAGUAACAAUCCGAGAAUAAAUUGUAAUUGUUAUUAAUUUUAUAGAGUAACAGUCCUCAAGUGAAUUAUCAUUGUUAUUUGAAGAGUAACAAUCUUAAAGUGAAUGGUAAUUGUUUCUUAUAGUGUAACAAUCCGAGAGUGAAUAAGCAUUGUUUUUUACGGAGUAACAAUCCUAAAGUGAAUGGUCAUUGCUAUUUACGGAGUAACAAUCCAGGAGCUCGUGAUACACGUAACACUCCCCAUACCAAAUCGUACUUAAAACGUUGCUUUGAUCGCACCAUAUAUCAUAUAAUCCUGUCACAAUAAAACAAUACAAUCCAG